CGUCCCGGGCUUUUUGCUGAAGGGCGGGGAACGAGCUUCUGGCUGUUGUCGUCGGCGAAAGGAACCAUGGAGGGAAGCACGAGCCGCGAGGCCAAAGUCUCUCGGCAGAUCAGGGUGAGGUUCAUCACCAGUCUGCCCAAGCAUCUGAGGGUGCCGUCCUCCUCCAUGGCCGUCCCUUCCGACGUCAAUAGGUUCGUUCUUUCCGACAUCAUCAAUGCCCUCCUCCCCCAAGAUACUCCUAUAGCAUUUGACUUUCUUAUUGGUGGACAGUUGGUUCGCACGCCACUUGACAAAUUUCUUCUUGAAAAUGGCAUUUCUGCGGAGAAAGUUCUUGACAUAGAGUACACAUAUGCUGCGGCACCUCAAAAGCAAGAGGAUCCAUGUGUACAUGAUGAUUGGGUCAGUGCCCUUGAUGGUUCACAUCCUAGCUUAAUAUUGUCAGGUUGCUAUGAUGGCAAUGGCAGGGUUUGGAGGCAUGGUGCGACGUGUACUCACAUUUUGGAGGGGCAUACAGGAGCCAUUGCUUCUGUCUCCAUUGUUGAUGCAAAAGCCAAUGACCAUAAUGGCAAAUUCUGUGUUGCGACUGCUUCUAAAGAUCGAACACUGAGGUUGUGGAAGUUCAAUGCAGGUGAUUUAGUUGAAUGUCCUAAGAAGGUUAGUGCAUUUAAAAUCUUAAGGGGCCAUACAUCUUCUGUACAAAGCGUCUCAUCAGAUCCAUCAGGGCAGAUGGUAUGUUCAGGUUCUUGGGACUGUUCAGUAAAGUUAUGGCAUGCAAAUGAGUCUGAUGCUGAAGGUGGAUUAGUAUCAAUAAAGAAGAGGAAGGUGAAUUCUGUAGCAGAUUUGAAUGAAACAUCACAGAUGGAGGCGGAUGCUGUGUCGACAUUCACAGGCCAUACACAAUGUGUUUCUUCAGUUGUCUGGCCAGAGCAGGAGACAAUCUAUUCAGCUUCAUGGGAUUAUUCUGUUCGAAUAUGGGACGUUGAGACUGGAAACAAUUCCAUGACCUUGGUUUGCAAGAAGGUUCUGCAUUGCCUUGAUGUUGGUGGAGAGAGUUCUGCACUUAUUGCUGCUGGUGGUUCAGACCCUGUUCUUCGUAUAUGGGAUCCUCGACGACCAGGUAGUCUUGCUCCAGUGUUUGAAUUCUCUUCAAAAUAUUCACAUAAAUCGUGGAUAACAUCAUGUAAAUGGCAUGCAAAAUCAUGGUUUCAUUUACUUUCUUCUUCUUAUGACGGAAAAGUGAUUCUAUGGGAUGUAAGGACUCAGCUGCCUAUAACAAUAUUGGAGGCUCAUGAAGACAAGGUUCUUUGCACAGACUGGUGGGGAGGUGAUAGUGUGAUAAGUGGGGGAGCUGAUUCGAAACUUUGUAUCUUCUCUGGAUGUCAUAUUUCAUAAGAUCUGUUGCAGCUUUUUUGGAAUACUGCUCACGACAUCCAAAGGCCAGUUUGAUGGAGGUGUUUUUCAGGUGAAUGCAUGCUGACAAUCUCUUUGCAGGCUUCUGCGGCGAUAGAUUAUAUUUGAGAACUUGUAGCACGAGUUAGCAGUUGCACAUCUAUGAGAAAUUUGUUAACUUGUGCUCGGCGAUUUUGGUUCUUUGGUAUUGAUAAUGAGUUAUGUUUGACACAGUUAUUGCAUAUGAUAUCACCCCAAAAUUUAAUCGUA